UAGCACCCCAAACGAGGAGGCUUAAUAACCUCCUACUAUAGUAGUUGUUUGGUGUAGAGAGAGAAAGAGCGUAUGUGUGUGAGAGAGAGAGAGAGAGAGAGGAGCAGAGAGAGAAUUACUGCUGCAACAUUGCAGCAGAGGAUUCAGAAUCCUUUCCCUUUCUCUCUCUCUACUCUCUUUAUGAGAGAGAGAGAGAGAGAGAGAGAGAGAGUGUGUGUGUGUGUGUGUGUGCAGGGCCUUUGGAAGCGCAAGUAGUGUUCCCCACUGUUUCCUUUUCGGGGGAAAAGAUUCAAAGGAAAAAGAAGGGAAAUCCCCGGAGUCAUGGCUUGGCCACUCUUAUAGCGUCUGCUGCGCCUGCUUUUGCUUUUGCUUUUGCUUUUUAUGGUCGCUUCGCCUCCUCCUCUCUCUCUCUCUCUCUCUCUCUCUCUCUCUCCUUGUUGAGCAAAUAAAGCAGCUCCGGGAAGUGGAGUUCCGGGGGAAAUGGCCGGGAGGUUUGAAGGAAGAACCCCUUCAAGCAGAGGAAUUGAGCAGGCUAUUGUAGCUUUGAAGAAGGGUGCCCAUCUCCUGAAAUGCGGAAAGCGAGGGAAGCCCAAGUUCUGUCCUUUUAGGUUAUCUGCGGAUGAGAAAGUGUUGAUUUGGUACUCGGAGGAGAAGGAAAAACAUCUGCGAUUAAAUACAGUUUCCAGUGUUGUUCUUGGACAGAAGACUGUAAAUUUUCUGCGACAGCGUCAGCCAGAAAAGGAAUCUCAGUCAUUUUCUCUAAUUUAUCAAAAUGGUGAACGCUCGCUUGACUUGAUCUGUAAAGACAAGGAGCAAGCCGAAUCGUGGUUUUUGGGCUUGACAGCAUUGGUAUCAGCUUCUCAUCAUCCGAAGCCUUCAACUGAAUUGAGAAAUAACCGGUGGGCGAGUAGCUGUGUCAAUAGUCCCGCUAGCUAUAUCAAGACAAAGCAUAAACUAGGAAUUCUUCAGGAUCCGGUGAAGUUCUCGCAGGCACGGUAUUUAUACGGAAGUCCUCCUCGGUCUCUAAAAGACAGGUUCUUAUCAGAUAAUGCUUUAGAUACUUCAGAAGUGUUCACUUCUCCAAGACAAAGAACUUUAUCAGAUAUGCAGGCGUAUUUGGAUAGAAUUCUUCCCCGAGUACCACAUGCCGUAGUAAACAAUUUUAAAGAAAUAGCAAAUCCUAACAAAGCUAAGGAGAAGAGAACAAUUUCCACCCCUAAAACAAGCUCGUAUGAUCAUGGGUCCCCCCAGAUGAUAAAUAAAAAUGAUUCAUUGAAGGAUGUUUUUAUAUGGGGAAAUGGCUUGACAGUUGAUUCUUCUGUUCCCAAGUUGUUGGAUUGUACUCAAAUGCUUGAUGUUCAGAACAUUGCAUGUGGUGAAAAUAUUGCCGCUUUGGUCACUAAACAGGGUGAGGUCUUUUGCUGGGGUGAGGAGAAUAGUGGACGAUUGGGGCACAAAACCAACAUAGAUGUGUCUUAUCCUAAAGUAGUCGAAUCACUCUCUAAUAUAAGUGUACGAACAAUUGCUUUCGGAGCACAGUUUACUUGUGCAGUGACAAGUUCUGGCGAAUUUUAUGAAUGGGGAAACAGCUCCAAUUGCUUUGGGUUGUCAUGUGAUGGAAACAAAAGAAUCCAAUGGUUUCCUCAUAGAGUAUGUGGCCCUUUGGAUGGUAUAAAUAUAUCGAAGGUUGCAUGCGGGGAGUGGCAUACAGCUAUCAUUUCUUCGUCUGGUCGGUUAUUUACUUAUGGCGAAGGCGCAUUUGGUGUUCUCGGGCAUGGUGAUUUUAAAAGUUUUCCUCGACCUAAAGAAGUUGAGUCUUUGAAAGGGUCGAGAGUUAAGUCCGUUGCCUGUGGGCCGUGGCAUACAGCUGCUGUCGUGGAAAUAAUAGCCGGUGCUUACAAGAAUACUACUCCUAACAGCAAACUAUUUACCUGGGGUGAUAGUGAUAGAGGGAGAUUGGGUCAUACCGACAAAGAGAGAAAGCUUGUACCUACUUGUGUCGAAUCACUUGUUGAUUGUGAUUUUGUUCAAGUUUCUUGUGGAACGGCACUAACUGUUGCUUUGACGAUUAAUGGGCUUGUAUUUACUAUGGGAAGUUCAGUUCACGGGCAAUUAGGUAAUCCUCACUCUGAAGAGGGCUCGAUUUCAACUGUCGAAGGAUUACUUAAAACCGAAUUUGUUAAAGAGAUCUCUUCUGGUUCUUUUCAUGUGGCGGUUUUGACGACCAAAGGAAAAGUAUUCACUUGGGGAAAAGGUUUAGAUGGGCAACUUGGGUUGGGGGAUUGUAUAGACCGAAACUCUCCGGCUCUAGUGGAGGCUUUAGAAGAUCGGCAUGGAGAGAGUAUAGCCUGUGGGUCCAAUUUCACAGCCGCAAUUUGCUUACAUAAAUCUAUUUCUAGUAAAGAUCAAUUGGUGUGCAAUGGGUGCAAAAUGAUAUUCGGGUUCACAAGAAAGAAACAUAAUUGCUAUAAUUGUGGUUCUGUGUUCUGCCAUUCCUGUAGCAGUAAUAAGGCUACUAAUGCAGCAUUAGCACCAGAUAGAAAUAAAAAAUAUCGUGUUUGCGAUCCAUGUUUCAAUCAGCUGAGAUUGAGUUUAGAUCGUAGCAUAACUAAUGAAUUUUCUGGUCCAAAGCCACUGUCGGUGAGUUGUAAGGGAAAUUUUGACAUGAAGAUGAACAUAGAAGAAACAUUCCGUGGCGAAACAAAAGCAUGUACUCCCAGAGUAUCGCGAGUUCUGAAGGAAGCUAACUUAAACGACGGAAAAAUUUUGUCCACGCUAGGAGAUAACCAGCAAAGCCGAGAUCCGGUUCUGCCUAUCGGAAGAGCUGACAAGUCGGGGCAGGAGGCGGGCCCCAUGCAGUUCGGUGAUCGUUCUAUAACAAAAAGUUCAUUUCUUCCACCAUCUAAGCAGCAGAUUGCUCCAGUUCAGGCAGUACAAAAUUCAGUUAGGUCAAAGACUCUACCUCGUGAUGCAGCUGGCUUAAAACAGGAUUUGCAUUUCAUAGAUAAAAUACUUUCCGAGGAAGUAAAGCGACUACAUGCAGAGGCAGCUAUUCUUGCAGAACAAUGUCAACAUAAAAGUCAGAAACUCCAACAGUAUAAACACAAAAUUGAGGAAACUUGGGUGGUGGCAAGGGAUGAAGCUGCAAAAUGCAAAGCAGCAAAGGACAUUAUUAAAGUUUUGACAAAUCAGAUGAAUGCUUUAGCGGAGAGACUUUCAUCAGGAAAACAAGUAUACGACAUGAAUUCCUUGCAAAAUGACGUCUCCACAGAACGGUCUCAGCUAGCAGAUAUAUCAGGUUCUCGUCACCCAAAAUCGGAUUCUGGUAAACUUAACCAGUUUACCGAUGCUCGAGUUGUCAAGGGUGGACAGAUAAACAAUGAUUCUGUAGCAUCUUCUAAUUCUGCGACAUCUCUAACUGGACCUGUAAAGCAUCAGGACAUCAAAAGAUUAUCCAGUGAUGGCCAUUACUCAAGAACUAAUGGCACACACGGAGCUGUAAAGGCAUCUGAUGAAACUGUCGUGCAAAUCGAGCGUGGUGUGUACGCUACGUUCAUGUCUUUGCCCGGCGGACAAAAAGGCCUCAGGCGUGUCAGAUUCAGUCGCAAGCAUUUUAGUGAGAAGGGAGCGGAGAAGUGGUGGGAGGAGAACCGAAGCAGAGUAUUUGCAAAGUACAACAUUGAGCAAAUGGCUGCAUCAUGCACGAGCAACGAAGAAACCUGAAUUGUUCUUCGGCAUAUAAAAGAGCUUCUGCAAAGGACCUUCCAUUACAGGAUAUGUGAAUAGCAGAUCAGUUUAUCAUCCUACGCUCAGGACAUCUCCCACAGCAAAUGUGCAUAAGAUUUUCCGAAAGGCGUUAUUAACGCAGCAGAUGCAGGACGCAAGGGGACUCUCAAAUCUUCCUUGUUUUGAGGAGUUAUACUAUGCUUUUGAGCAGGUUGCUACAGAGGAGAGAAAUCAUUCAUAACAAGUUUAACUUAGCUACAGUUCUUGGCCUUGCAAUGGUCUAAACUUUGUAUCUAGUUGUACAGCAUAGCUUGAAUCAAAGAAAAAUGCUAGUUGUACACCUACUUUAUGGGUGUAAAUCUUACAUCUCAGGCAAAAUGAAAAACAAAUAGGUGUACAGGUAGCAUUGCUCGAAAUCAAAAUGAAAAAACAAUGCUUCUCUGUAUCUGAUUGUGUCUGUUUGUGUGCGCGUAACGAAAUGUUUAGCUACAGUUAACAA